AUGUCAAAGGAUACCCCAGUGAAACUCAAGAAAGGCGCCCGUAAAGCGUCCAAGAACUCAACUCCAGUUUCUACUCCGUCUAAAAAGAAAUCAGCUUCUGCUUCCAAGGACAAGGCCCAGAAACGUGCUACCGCAGAAAAAGCGCCUAAGGAUAAAGCUCUAAUUCCAACGAACAGGUUGGAGAACGCGGUGACUCAGCUCUACAAGUUCAUGGACUCGAAGCCAGAGUCUGCGAAUACUUUGAUUGACGACGACGAGCUUUCCAGACAAAUGCAGCUAAUUGUCACCAGCUCCAAGUCGUAUACCGGCUCGCAGAAAUCUUUCAAGCCACUAUUGCUCAACGUAAAGCACUCCAUCUUUGCCCCAUGGAAGAAGGCAAGCGCCACCUCCAUUAAGGACUUCAAGAUCCUAUUGAUCUUGAAGGACCAAGAUAAGGACAAGGUCUCCGAAGACGACCUCUACGAACUGCUAGAAAAGCCCCAUGCCAUUAAAAUCGACGAGGUCAUCGACGGCUCCAGCUUGAAGACUAAGUACAAGGCUUUCGAGAAAAGACGUGCUCUACUAGCAGAAUACUCGCUGGUCCUAGCCGACGACUCCAUCGUCACCACUCUACCUAAAUUGCUUGGUGGGAAAGCGUACAAAAAAAUCUCCACCACCCCAAUUCCUAUCAGAACCGGCAAGGCUGGUACCUUCAGCAAGACCUCACUCGUAAACGCCAUCGUCAAGAUCUACAACGAAAAGUUGCCUAUCUUGCUCCCUCGCGGAAACACCGUAAACGUCCAUCUCGGCCACGCCAGCUGGUUUGAGUCCUCCCAAUUCGUUGAAAACAUCGCCACAAUAGCAGAGCAACUAACCAAAGCACAUCCAAUCAGAUCUAUCUACCUCAAGUCGAACGACUCCCCCGUUUUACCACUGUACUACAACACGCAAGUCAUCGAGGCCGCUGCCAGUGCCUUCCAAAAAUUGGCCUCCGCUUCUACCCCAGCAGAAAAGAUUACAAUCGACGGCAUCGAAGUAGACCUUUCCACCUUCGACAGAGCACUCCUAGAAGUCGCCAAUCCCGACACUAUCUCUAGUCUCUUCUCAAACCAAAUAAACAAAGCGAAGAGAAAGCUCGCAGAAAACGACGCAGUAAGCGCUUCUACAGUCACCAAAAAGGCCAAAAACUAA